GAGAUAACUGCAAGGCCAUUGAAUACAGCAAGAUGAAAAGUAUGCUUUUAGAUUUACAAAAUCAAAAAUACAUUACACAAGACAAUGAAAACCCUAAUGGUGAUGACGUAUUUCGGAAGAAGUUGCUGGUGGAUCAAAUGUUUAAAUAUUUUGAUGCCGACAGUAAUGGACUUGUAGAUAUUAAUGAACUAACUCAGGUGAUAAAACAGGAAGACCUUGGCAAGGACCUUUCUGAUUGUACUUUGUAUGAUCUACUGAAAUAUGAUGAUUUCAACUCAGACAAGCACCUGGCUCUUGAAGAAUUUUAUAGAACAUUCCAGGUUAUCCAGUUGAGUCUGCCUGAAGAUCAGAAACUAAGCGUCACAGCGGCAACAGUGGGGCAGAGUACCGUUCUGAGCUGCGCCAUUCAGGGAGCGCUGAGACCCCCCAUCAUUUGGAAGAGGAACAAUAUUAUUCUGAACAACUUAGAUUUGGAAGACAUCAAU